CAGAGCAACUCCUUCCUAGGCCAGGGUGUCUUUGCGCAUGCGUGGCAGUGUCGCGGUGCGUGUCUGUACUUUGCCGGUUUCUCGUAGUGUGAACGAAAACCGGCACCAUGAGCGGGACACUGGCCAAGAUCGCCGAGAUCGAGGCUGAAAUGGCCCGGACCCAGAAGAAUAAAGCCACGGCACAUCAUCUUGGUCUUCUGAAAGCCCGCUUAGCUAAGCUGCGACGUGAACUUAUUACCCCAAAAGGUGGUGGAGGUGGUGGCCCGGGAGAAGGCUUCGACGUUGCAAAGACUGGAGAUGCCCGAAUUGGAUUUGUGGGAUUUCCGUCUGUGGGGAAAUCAACACUUCUCAGCAACCUAGCUGGUGUCUAUUCUGAGGUGGCAGCUUAUGAAUUCACUACAUUGACCACUGUGCCUGGAGUGGUGAGAUACAAAGGGGCCAAAAUUCAGUUGCUUGAUCUUCCAGGAAUCAUUGAGGGAGCAAAAGAUGGAAAAGGCAGAGGUCGCCAAGUCAUUGCAGUGGCACGUACAUGCAAUUUAAUCCUUAUUGUCUUGGAUGUGCUUAAACCUUUGGGACACAAAAAGAUCAUUGAAAAUGAACUGGAGGGCUUUGGUAUCCGGCUGAACAAGAAACCGCCAAACAUCGGAUUCAAGAAAAAGGACAAAGGUGGCAUCAAUCUUACAGCCACGUGUACUCAGAGUGAGCUGGACUUGGAGACGGUGAAGAGUAUCCUGGCAGAGUACAAAAUUCACAAUGCGGAUAUCACCAUGCGCAGUGAUGCUACAGCUGAUGAUCUUAUUGAUGUAGUUGAAGGAAAUAGAGUCUACAUCCCUUGCAUCUAUGUAUUGAAUAAGAUUGACCAAAUCUCACUAGAAGAACUUGAUGUCAUUUACAAAGUGCCACACUGUGUCCCCAUAUCUGCCCAUCACCGCUGGAACUUUGAUGAUCUCUUAGAAAAGAUCUGGGAUUACUUAAGACUGGUUCGAAUCUACACAAAGCCUAAGGGUCAGUUACCAGAUUAUACUUCACCUGUAGUGCUUCCUGACUCGCGUACAACAGUUGAAGACUUCUGCACUAAAAUUCACAAAAACCUCAUCAAAGAAUUUAAGUAUGCCUUGGUUUGGGGUUCUUCUGUAAAGCACAACCCACAAAAAGUUGGCAAAGAUCAUGUAAUGGAAGAUGAAGACGUCAUUCAAAUAUUAAAGAAGUGAUCAAUACGAUAGUGCUUUUGUCAUUUGUGUCUGCAGCACCAUAUCAUGCAUAUUAGGCUAUGUUUACAUCUGCCAUGGAGCUCACUUUGGAGCAGAUCCUUAUAAUGAGCGGGACCUGAGCGGACGAAAGAAUGCUGCAAGCAGUACUUUUCUUUCAGGUUAGAUCCUGCUAAAUAAACUGGCACCAUAUGGCCCCCCAGUAAAGUCAGUGAGAUCGGUCUGCUGUGCAGUAGACUGUCCAGCUGAGCUUUUUGGCACCAAGCGGAGCCUCCAAUGCAGAUGUGAAUAAAGCCUAACUGGUUAGCCAUCUGUAAAUAUUCCUUAAGAAAAGUGUCAAUAAAAUUCGAAUUCAGUAACCCUC